CACUUUUUUUCUUCAAACUUUAAUGCUAUAGAAAGGAAUUCAAACGAGCUCUAGGAUUUUAGAAUUUCGUUUGGUAGUAAGAAAUUGCAUCAGAAAAAAUCUAGAUGUAAAUGACAAUUGGAUUACGGCCUUUGGUGAGUGUAUCCAAAGCAUUUGAAGGAGAAAGUUUGAAAGGAAGACCUUGGAAACCAAUGGUUUUUUGACAAUGAAAGAAACGUGGCAGUAGAUAGUAUUAUUGAAUGAAUCUUUUGUAGAAAUCAAACGUAGCAGAGGUUUUUUACAUAAGUUGGAUUAUGGCAGAUAACAGGAAUAGCCCGAUAUGUUUUGAUGCUGAUAUUAACCUCUUUGCUCCUGUCGAGAAAGAAAAUUGUGCGUUGAAUGGGGAAGCACAUGAUACACGAACGUUGUCUUGUGCGAAGACAAUGCUGGUCAGUCCUAAUGAUGAUGAAUAUGACUUGUUGCUAUGGCAACUACAGCAGAUGUUACGAGAUGGAAAUGGCGAAACAAUCUAUGAAAUUGGUGUUGGCGAUGGAGAUUCAAGUGGUCUGAAUGAAGAUGAUCUUUUAGCUUCCAUUGCUACGCUGGAAAGCUUGGCAAAAUGCUGUGGUGUCGAAAUGCUUUCUCUUCGUGAGAAACUCACUGCAAAUGGUGGCAAAAUAGUUGAAUAUUUACUGCGUAACACAGUAAAAGAUGAAGAUUUCAUUGAAGUUCGAGUUGCUGUUGUAGGAAAUGUUGAUGCCGGUAAAAGUACUUUACUUGGUGUUCUUACUCAUGGGGAACUGGACAAUGGCCGAGGUUUUGCUCGCCAGAAACUCUUUCGACAUAAACAUGAAGUUGAGUCUGGACGUACAAGCAGUGUUGGAAAUGAUAUUCUCGGUUUUGACAGUCAAGGGAAUGUAAUUAACAAAGCUGAGGUUCAUGGAAGCAAUGUGGACUGGCAGAGAAUUUGUCGGGAGUCAUCUAAAGUCAUAACUUUCAUAGACUUGGCUGGUCAUGAAAAAUACUUGAAAACAACAAUAUUUGGCAUGACAGGUCAUGCUCCAGAUUUUGCAAUGUUGAUGGUUGGUGCAAAUGCUGGAAUAAUUGGCAUGACCAAAGAACAUCUUGGGUUAUCAUUAGCUUUGAACGUGCCUGUGUUUGUCGUCGUUACAAAAAUUGACAUGUGUCCUCCCAAUGUUCUGCACGAUACACUAAAACUUCUCGUCAGAGUCUUAAAAUCUCCUGGUUGUCGUAAAAUUCCAAUGAUGAUUCAGAAUAAAGAUGAUGUGGUCGUGUCUGCUACGAACUUUGUCUCAGAAAGAGUCUGUCCAAUAUUUCAGGUCUCAAAUGUCACAGGUAUUAACCUAGACCUGCUGAAGAUGUUCCUCAACCUUCUGUCAUCUGGUGGUGACUAUAGCGAAUCAGAUCCGGCAGAGUUUCAAGUGGACGAAACCUAUUCUGUUCCAGGUGUCGGUACUGUGAUAUCCGGGACCUGUCUUAAGGGCACGAUACGUUUAAAUGACGUGCUUCUACUCGGACCAGACUCCCUAGGGCAAUUCGCGCCGGUUUCCAUAAAAGGCAUCCAUCGCAAGCGAAUGCCAGUACGCGAAGUGCGUGGUGGACAAACUUGUUCUUUCGCGUUAAAGAAGAUUAAACGCAAUCAAAUACGAAAAGGAAUGUUUUUGGUGGAUGAACGAUUAAAACCAACUGCAUGCUGGGAGUUCGAAGGAGAGAUUCUUGUCCUUCAUCAUCCUACAACCAUAAGUCCAAAAUAUCAAGCCAUGGUCCAUUGUGGCAGCAUUCGUCAAACAGCGACGAUCUUAUCAAUGAACAAAGACCACCUACGAACGGGCGACAAAGCUUUGGUUCAUUUCCAGUUCAUCAAGCAACCAGAAUUUUUAAAACUUGGAACGCGCAUGGUAUUUCGGGAAGGAAGAACGAAGGCCGUCGGAACGAUAGUCAAUAUAUCACCAAAUCCUCCACCAAAAUCAACAACCGUUAAUAAACUAAAACCACGUGUUCACCAUAACAAACAUCGUUAUAACAGGAAGAAGAAAAAGACGACAACAUCCAAUACAGAGCAAAAACAUGAAAGUUAAAUAUAGAUGAUUUUUGAAUCAUAAACCGGAGAUUUAGAACUUGCGGGAGGAAGUCCCGUUGCAUUGUAGAUAUGUCUUUAAGAACGCGAUCAUUCAUGUCAAGUAAAGUAAGGUUGAAAAGUUAAAUUAUAUAUGUUUAGAUGAUCUGUCGCA